UCUCAAAACAAUAGCAAUUUCGUCAUAGAUAAUAGGAAUCGUAUUAUUUAAAUACCCUCUAUUUAUUGCCAAAGUUAUACGAAAGUAUAUGGAAGAAUAGUGGUGUAAUUGUAUUGUAUCGUGAAUUGCGCGUAUAUUUUGGUAGUAUAUUUGUUUUUAGCGUGUACGGUUAACAAAUCUUAUGUUAUAUGAAUAUUUACUAUUAUUUUUCUGGGAGGGAGGAUGUGACUGGGGGUGUGGUACGUACUGUUUUAGAAGCCCAUUACGCAAACCCAAUUCGUCUCGGGAAAAGCUGGGGAACGGAACUUGGGGCGCCACCCGAAUAUCCUAUAGUGAAGAAUUUCAUGAUGAGCGAGACGCGCAUAAGGAAGGAUGGGUCUCGAGGGUCCAGAGUUGCCUGCCAAGGCUCGCAAGACUCGACCAGAUCAGCCACGGGCAUCCGAGAAAAGAGCGCUGAGACCAAAGAGGGUAUUCCCAUGAUGGUCAGUGGCGGGUCCAGACCUGAGGAGAACCGCAUUGUUUCCCCGGGUCUUGUGUAAUUUGGGGCCGUCCACCGCUAAGCAUCUGUGGACAAUAAACAUGGGCAGCAUGU